AGCGAGAAAAGAAGCGCUCCCGGGGAGUAGAGGCGGGAGGGAAGGGAACUGGCGGAAAAUGUGACCCUGUUGACCUCAAUCACCCGCUCCUGCUCUCUCUCAUUCCUCACCUGCGCGAGGAAUAGGGCAGAAAAGCCCGGGGCAGCCAUGGCCCCCACUGGGAGCCUCCAGGUCGCUAUCAGUCACCAGAUAGUGGCCCUGCAGACCCUGCGGCUCUUGCAGCAACAGAGGGACGAAGAGGACGACCUGCUUUACUCCCAGCAAGUGUCCGCAGCCCCGGGGCAGGCAGGGCCCAGAGAGAAUGGAGAAAAGGGCGGGGGCCCGGCCGUGGCGAAGGCGGAAGGUGCGGGGGACUGCGGUCAGUGUUCGCUGGGCCGCGUCGUCGAGUCCACUUCGCAGCUUAUCCGGGUGGAGCAGACCAUCCUAAAACCCUUGCAUCAGGAACUGGGCUUCCCCAUCUACUUGAAAGAUAGUGUUGAGUUUAGAAACAUCUGCAGUCACAUGGCCCUACAGCCGGAGGGACACAGCUUUGACCAAGAUUUGAACGCAGCCUUCCAGUGUCUGAAGACCAUCAUCAAGAAGCUGAUCCAUUCAUUACUGAGCCUCCCCCCGGACCCCAGUGCCAUGGCCAACAUUGCUCUGAGGCAGAUUCUCCGCAAUCUUCUGGAUCGCAAGCCCUAACCCUCCCUGACUGUCCAGCCUUAAACUUUAACCAAGUAGAUAUUGUAUGUAAGUCUUGAUAACAAACUGAACCCGGAGCAUCCUUACAUCUGGUAGAAUUAAGGGCUGUCAUCCAGAUCUCUCAUAAUUCUAUUCCCAUUUACAACAAUCAGUAGCAGUAGUUAGGAUUUUCAGGGAUUUUGCCAUUUUUCUGGCUUAUUAUGAAUAGGAAUAUAGUCUACUUUGGUUAUAUGAUUGGAUAAGUGCAUUAAGUUCUACAUCAGAUAUUCUUUUUGACCUGUUACAUAUUUUUUUCCAUUAGAGGUCUUCUUGUUUAACUAGGGCUAUUUUGUGUCUAAAGUUCUAUUAUUAAUAAAAAAUCUGAGCCAUAAAUGUGAUAUUUAUAAUCAAUAUAUGUUUUCUGUUGCUAUGUAUAAAAUAGAGCGUGUCAAUUUAUUUCAUUUCCUAGUAAAGGAAUAAUCUCUAGAAAUUUGAA